AUGUUGCGCGGGGGCGGGGCCGCCACGCGCGCGGGGGGCGGGGCGCGGCGCCCUUCCCGCCCCUCAGCCCCCGGCCCCGCCGGACUCUCGAGCCGCCGGGGGAGGGGGCGCGGGGCUGGCUCUGGCUGCCGCCAUGUUGCGUGUGUCUGUGUGUGUGUCCGUGUGUGUCCGCCGAGUCCGCCCCCGCCCCGCCCGGGGCUGCAGCGCUCUCCCGGUGUCCGCGGAAAGCGCCCUGCCCGAGGCCGGCCCGGGACGGCCGUGCUGCCCCAGCAGUGUCCGCCACCCCCGUGUCCCUGCCCGCCCCUGCUCCCGCCGCAGCCUCGCGGCGCAGCGGGCGCGCGCCGCCCGCCCUCACGGGUCCCGCCGCGUCCGCGCUUGGCUUCCCCAGAGCUGGCAAGGGGCAGUUCGUGCGUCUCGUUUGAUCGCUGGAACGCUACACCUGAUCCUGUGAAAUGUAUUCACUCUGUCUCCACUCCGGGGGAAGAACCGUCCGGAGCCGUGCUGAGGAAUGUGCCGUGCUGUGGGCUGCCUCCACGGCGUCGCUGGGAGUGCUGCCACCGGCACUGCCUCUGCCUAAGAGCCGUUCUAUAA